CUGUCAUUGUAGUUCUGUCAUUCAGUUUAUUUAUAAUAUUUUUAUUGUACAAAUUAUAAUACGAGAAUAGAAUGAAAUUUGCAUUAUAAAGCCGUCGACUGAAGUCUGCUUGUGAACCGAACAGUAUUAGUGUCGCGUUAGAGGUGUUACUAAAAUGGCUUCUCAGUAUUGGUUUUCGUUGAUGCUGCUCGUUAGCCACGAGCUGCUGCACUGCGCUUCAGCGGCGGUACAUCAACACAGCGUGGACACGACCGAGCGGGAGUCGGACGGCAGUUUCCGCGCGCGAGACGCUGGCCACUACGACGACGAGGCGCGUCACAAUGUUGAAUUCGACCACGAGGCCAUUUUAGGUGCCCCACUUUGUUUACAUCUCUUUGUUUGGAUGUUAUACGACGCGAGUGCGCCGGCCGGGUAUCGCAAUGCUCAGUCGUUGAUAAGAAAUGCAAUAGCGCAACAGUGUGCGAUGUCCGUGAAAGUCGCACUGGCGGUGUUGGUGCCGGUUUUUAUUGUGGUCACGUAUUACUGUUCCAUAGGAAGCGUGAAAGAGGCGGAAGAGUUCGAUAAGCUGACCCCAGAAGAGUCGCGUGCGAAGCUGUCGUUGCUGCUGCCCAAAAUGGACAUCAACGGAGACAAGCACUUGGACCCAACAGAACUUAAAAAGUGGAUUCUUAAAUCAUUUCAUAAGUUGCAGAACCUCUCAAGAGAGGAAGCCCAAGAAAGGUUGAAAGACUCGGACACAAACAAUGAUCAAAUACUGACAUGGGCGGAGUAUCUACAGGACACAUUUGGUGUUGACACUGAUGAAGAACUCAGCGCAGAGGACAUGGGAGACAGUGGCAUGUUCGAGGACGAGUUAACGAGUAACUUCCCGCCAGAUCACAAAUUGCUAGGGAAUGAUAAAAAGUUGGUGCGAGAAGAACGAGCCAUGUGGAAUAUGGCUGACAAGAAUCAGGAUGGGGCACUCGACUUCCAGGAGUUUGAGAUGUUCUCAAACCCAGAGGAGCAUCCCGAGAUGCACGGGUUCCUGGUGAACCAGACGCUGCGCGAGAAAGACGUCGAUCGUGACGGAAUGAUCGACUUCCAGGAGUACGUCGGCGAGCGCGCGCUGCACCAAGAUCGCGAUUGGCUGUUGACAGAGCGCGAGCGCUUCGAGACGGAACUCGACGCGAACAAGGAUGGGAAACUUGACGUCGUAGAGAUCAGGAACUGGAUAAUUCCGAACAACGAUGAGAUAGCUGAGGACGAAGUGCAUCACUUGUUCGCGGCGGCGGACGACGACCACGACGACCUGCUGUCUUUUGACGAGAUCCUGGAGCACCACGACGUGUUCGUCGGCAGCGAGGCCGCAGACCCCGACCUGCUGGGGCAGCAUUUCGACGACGAACUUUAGAGUAAGGACUUACAACAGUCAUACAAGAGGCCAUAAUCAGAACAGGCGCUUCCCACUCGUGAUGAAAUAGCUUUUGUUACCUUAAUCUAAAGUCUCUUUACACACACGCCACUUAAUAUCGACGAUCGAUUUUUGCUGCUCCAUUGUUGCAUAACGCUUUGUCGACUUACUGCGUAGUGAGGUGUUUAUACUAUACUCUAUCCAAAUUGGACGUAGAAUGUUUAAUAAUAAAAUGUUGCUAGGCAAUCAAUGAUGACAUAGGAAAAGAACAUUUUUUCAAUGCAAAUUAUUUAUGCUUGCCCUCUCCAGGGCCUGCUCGCCUAAUUGGAACUUAAAUAGGUAAGUAGGCAAUUGAGUUACGUAGAAGUAAUACUUACUUAGCUAAUUAUUAAAAAGGUUUUUU